AUGUAUCUCUACAACCUCACUCUCCAACGUCCCACCGGCAUCAUCUGUGCCAUCAACGGAAACUUCUCCGGCGGCAGGGGCCAAGAAAUCGUCGUCGCCCGAGGCAAAGUCCUCGAUCUCCUCCGCCCCGACGACAACGGCCGAAUCCAAACCAUUCUCUCCGUCGAAGUCUUCGGCGCCAUUAGGUCGUUAGCUCAGUUCCGUCUCACCGGUGCUCAGAAGGAUUUCAUCGUCGUCGGUUCAGAUUCCGGUAGAAUCGUUAUUCUUGAUUACAACAAGGAGAAGAAUGUCUUUGACAAGAUUCAUCAAGAAACUUUUGGGAAAUCUGGUUGUCGGAGAAUUGUUCCAGGUCAGUAUAUCGCUGUAGAUCCCAAAGGUAGAGCUGUUAUGAUUGGUGCUUGUGAGAAGCAGAAGCUUGUAUAUGUGUUGAAUAGAGAUACUGCUGCUAGGUUAACUAUUUCUUCCCCGUUAGAAGCGCAUAAAUCGCAUACUCUUGUUUUUUCUAUUUGUGGUGUUGAUUGUGGGUUUGAGAAUCCUAUUUUCGCUGCUAUAGAGUUGGAUUACUCUGAGGCUGAUCAGGAUUCUACUGGUAUGGCCGCAUCUGAAGCGCAGAAGACUUUGACCUUCUAUGAGCUUGAUUUGGGUCUUAACCAUGUUUCUAGAAAGUGGUCUGAUCAGGUUGAUAAUGGUGCUAAUUUGCUUGUUACUGUUCCUGGUGGUGCUGAUGGUCCAAGUGGGGUUCUUGUUUGUGCUGAGAAUUUUGUUAUUUAUAAGAAUCAGGGGCAUCCGGAUGUUAGGGCUGUGAUUCCUUGGCGGCUUGAUUUGCCUUCCGAGCGUGGUGUUCUCAUUGUCUCUGCUGCUAUGCAUAAACUGAAGAACAUGUUCUUUUUCCUUUUGCAGACUGAGUAUGGCGAUAUCUUUAAGGUUACAUUGGAUCAUGAGGGAGACCGUAUCUCUGAAUUGAAGAUUAAGUAUUUUGAUACUAUUCCGGUUACUUCUUCCAUGUGUGUGCUCAAGUCGGGGUUCUUGUUUGCGGCCUCCGAGUUUGGAAAUCAUGCACUGUAUCAGUUUAAGGCUAUAGGGGAUGAUGAUGACGUGGAGGCUUCAUCUGCUAGGUUGAUGGAAACUGAAGAGGGUUUUUCGCCUGUGUAUUUCCAGCCUAGGAGACUUAAAAAUCUUGUUAGAAUUGACCAGGUUGAGAGUUUGAUGUCAAUUAUGGAUAUGAAGGUCAGUAAUCUGUUUGAAGAGGAGACUCCUCAGAUUUUUACUCUUUGUGGGCGUGGACCACGAUCUUCUCUAAGGAUCUUGAGAACAGGUUUGGCUGUCAGUGAGAUGGCAGUUUCUAAACUUCCUGGUACACCUAGUGCUGUUUGGACUGUGAAGAAGAAUGUCAUUGAUGAGUUUGAUGCUUAUAUUGUCGUGUCGUUCCUCAAUGCCACACUUGUGCUUUCCAUUGGCGAGACAGUUGAAGAAGUCAGUGAGAGUGGGUUUUUGGACACUACGCCCUCCCUUUCCGUUUCUUUGAUAGGCGAUGAUUCUCUCAUGCAGGUCCAUCCAAAUGGUAUUAGGCAUAUUAGGGAGGAUGGUCGUAUUAAUGAAUGGAGAACUCCUGGAAAGAGGACAAUUGAUAAAGUUGGGUCGAAUAGACUUCAGGUGGUUAUUGCUCUGAAUGGAGGGGAGCUUAUAUAUUUUGAAGUGGAUGCUGGUCAGUUGAUGGAGGUGGAGAAGCAUGAAAUGUCUGGCGAUGUUGCUUGUUUGGACAUUGCUCCAGUGCCUGAAGGCAGGAAAAGAUCUCGUUUUCUUGCAGUUGGCUCAUAUGACAAGACAAUCAGAAUCUUAUCACUGGAUCCUGAUGACUGUAUGCAGACUCUAGGUAUACAGAGUCUUUCUUCUGCUCCAGAAUCUCUUCUUUUCCUUGAAGUUCAAGCAUCUAUUGGCGGUGAGGAUGGUGCAGAUCAUCCUGCUAGCCUUUUCCUGAACGCUGGUUUGCAGAAUGGUGUCUUGUCUAGAACUGUGGUGGAUAUGGUCACAGGUCUGCUUUCUGAUACUCGCUCCCGAUUCUUAGGAUUGAGAGCCCCCAAACUGUUUCCCAUUAUCGUAAGAGGAAAGCGUGCUAUGCUCUGCCUUUCAAGUCGCCCUUGGCUUGGUUAUAUUCACCAAGGACACUUUCUCUUAACACCCCUUUCAUAUGAAACCCUUGAAUUUGCUGCUUCAUUUUCAUCUGACCAAUGUGUGGAAGGCGUAGCUGCUGUUGCUGGUGAUGCUUUGAGAAUUUUUACCAUUGAAAGAUUAGGAGAAACAUUUAAUGAGACAGUUAUUCCACUUAGAUACACACCUAGAAAAUUUGUGUUGCAACCCAAACGGAAACUGUUGGUGGUGAUUGAGAGUGAUCAAGGAGCAUUUACUGCAGAACAGCGUGAAGCUGCAAGGAAAGAGUGUUUUGAGGCUGCUCAAGCUGGGGAAAAUGGGACAGGAGGUGCAGACCAAAUGGAGAAUGGUGGAGAGGAUGAGGAUAAAGAUGACCCCCUCUCCGACGAGCAUUAUGGUUAUCCAAGAGCUGAAUCAGAUAAGUGGGCGUCCUGCAUCAGAGUUCUUGAUCCAAGAACAGGAAAUACAACCUGUCUUUUGGAACUUCAGGAUAAUGAGGCUGCAUUCAGCGUAUGCACAGUAAAUUUCCAUGAUAAAGAAUAUGGAACCCUUUUAGCUGUUGGCACAGCAAAGGGACUGCAGUUCACGCCCAAAAGGAGUUUAGCUGCUGGAUUUAUUCAUAUAUAUAGGUUUCUAGAGGAUGGAAGGUCUCUCGAACUACUUCACAAAACUCAAGUUGAAGGCGUUCCUCUUGCUCUAAGUCAGUUUCAGGGAAGGUUACUUGCAGGAAUAGGGCCUGUUCUCAGACUGUAUGAUUUGGGGAAGAGAAGAUUAUUAAGGAAGUGUGAGAAUAAACUAUUCCCCAACACAAUUGUCUCUAUUCAAACCUACCGUGAUCGAAUUUAUGUUGGUGACAUCCAAGAGUCUUUUCAUUACUGCAAGUAUAGACGGGAUGAAAACCAACUUUACAUAUUUGCUGAUGAUUGUGUUCCGAGAUGGCUUACGGCAUCAUACCACAUAGAUUUUGACACCAUGGCAGGUGCGGACAAGUUUGGAAAUAUCUACUUUGUGCGGUUGCCGCAGGAUGUAUCUGAUGAGAUAGAAGAAGAUCCUACUGGCGGGAGGAUAAAGUGGGAGCAGGGGAAGCUGAAUGGAGCUCCCAACAAGGUAGAAGAAAUUGUACAAUUUCAUGUCGGCGAUGUGAUCUCAUGCCUGCAAAAGGCCUCUCUUAUACCAGGUGGUGGAGAGUGCAUUUUAUAUGGAACUGUUAUGGGAAGUAUUGGGGCAUUACAUGCUUUUACUUCACGAGAUGAUGUUGAUUUCUUUUCUCAUUUGGAGAUGCAUAUGAGGCAAGAUAACCCACCGUUGUGCGGAAGAGACCACAUGGCGUAUAGAUCUGCCUAUUUUCCUGUUAAGGAUGUUAUUGAUGGUGACCUAUGUGAGCAAUACCCAACAUUGCCAAUGGAUUUGCAGCGAAAAAUUGCGGAUGAAUUGGAUAGGACCCCUGGAGAAAUACUGAAGAAACUCGAGGAAGUACGAAAUAAGAUUAUUUAA